ACCAAGCCCAAAUAACACCAUGUGACUCGGCUGCCAAGGUGAAGAGGGUGUCGACCUGGAUCCACCUGAGAAACCGUCACAACCAGGAGGCGAGCGUCAUCCCAUCGGACUGUGGAGUUCAUGCUUGCCUGGAUUCUAAAUCGUGCAGGAGAGAGAGAUCCGAUUGGGAACAUACCUUGCUUGCGUUCUGUGAAUUAAUUCCAACUCGGAGUUUGGGUUUCAUCCUCAGGCGUCCGCGGCUCAUUUGGCCACCAUGCCGACGGGAUCUGUGAGGCUCAACAGCAUAAAAAAACUGGGACAGGAUAACCACAGCUAUGAUGUUUCAGACGAAGGACCACCAGGCCCCUAUUUGUCAAUGACUAAUUCAAAGGACAAGGAGAAGAAGGUUCAUGGAAACCAAGAGCAACCUGCGAUCAGAGUCGGCUUCUUCCAGCUGUUCCGCUUUUCCACUUGCAAGGACGUGGCGAUGAUGGUCGUGGGCAGCCUGUGCGCCGUGCUGCACGGCUCGGCCCAGCCGCUGAUGCUGCUGGUGUUCGGCCUGCUCACCGACACCUUCAUCGAGUACGACAUCGAGCUCAACGAGCUGAGGGACGACCGCAAGGAGUGCGUGGACAACGUCAUCCGGUGGAAGAAGAACUACACCAUGCUCCCAGACCCGGCUCUCAACCAGUCGGACGUAGGCUUCAUCAUCAACGCCACGAUAGAGAUGCUCUUUCCCCUCAGAAACAUGUCAUGUGGGAUUCUGGACAUCGAACACGAGAUGACCAUGUUUGCUUUCUAUUAUGUUGGGAUUGGAGUGUCUGUAUUCUUGCUCGGAUACUUUCAGAUCUCUCUGUGGGUGACAGCCGCUGCCAGACAGAUUCAGCUCAUCAGAAAAAUGUACUUCAGCAAAGUGAUGAGGAUGGAGAUCGGCUGGUUUGACUGCACCUCUGUCGGGGAGCUCAACACCCGCAUGUCAGAUGACAUAAACAAGAUCAACGACGCCAUCGCCGACCAGGUCGCCAUAUUCGUCCAGCGCUUCACCACGUUCGUGUGCGGCUUCAGCAUUGGGUUCGUGAAGGGAUGGAAGCUGACGCUCGUCAUCAUCGCCGCCAGUCCGCUGAUCGGGGUUGGAGCGGGCCUCAUGGCGCUGUUCGUGGCCAAGCUGACAGGGAUGGAGCUGCAGGCCUACGCCAAGGCCGGCGCUGUGGCCGACGAAGUCCUCUCUUCCAUCAGGACCGUCGCUGCUUUCGGAGGGGAGAAAAAGGAAGUGGACAGGUAUGACAGGAACCUGGUCUCGGCGCAGCGAUGGGGCAUCAGGAAGGGGAUGAUCAUGGGUUUUUUCACUGGUUACAUGUGGCUGAUCAUCUUCCUGUGUUACGCCCUCGCCUUCUGGUACGGCUCCACUCUGGUGAUCGACACAGAGGAGUACACACCAGGAACGCUGCUGCAGGUUUUUUUCGGGGUGCUGGUUGCAGCCAUGAAUUUGGGUCAGGCCUCCCCGUGUUUGGAGUCGUUUGCAGCCGGACGCGGGGCUGCGACCAUAAUCUUUGAGACUAUUGACCGGGAGCCAGAAAUUGACUGCAUGUCAGAGGCUGGAUACAAGCUGGACCGGGUCAAAGGAGAUAUUGAGUUUCAUAAUGUGACCUUCCACUAUCCAUCCAGACCGGAGGUUAAGAUCCUGGACCAGCUCAGCGUGGCGGUGAAGUCGGGCGAGACCACCGCCUUCGUGGGGCCGAGCGGAGCGGGGAAGAGCACCGCCAUCCAGCUCAUUCAGCGCUUCUACGACCCUAAAGAAGGCAUGGUGACGCUGGACGGUCACGACAUCAAAGGCCUGAACAUCCAAUGGCUGCGCUCUCUGAUUGGCAUAGUGGAGCAGGAGCCCGUACUGUUUGCCACCACCAUCGCGGAGAACAUACGCUACGGUCGACCCGGCGUCUCCAUGGCGGACAUCAUCACUGCUGCAAAGGAGGCGAACGCGUACAACUUCAUCAUGGACCUGCCGCAGAAAUUUGACACCUUGGUGGGCGAGGGAGGGGGCCAGAUGAGCGGAGGGCAGAAGCAGAGGAUAGCCAUCGCUCGGGCUUUGGUCAGGAACCCUCGCAUCUUACUGCUGGACAUGGCGACCUCCGCUUUGGACAACGAGAGUGAAGCUGUCGUUCAGGAAGCUCUGGAUAAAGUGCGCAUGGGACGCACCACCAUCUCCAUCGCUCACCGACUGUCCACCAUAAAGAACGCAGACGUAAUUGUUGGCUUCGAGCAUGGCCGGGCGGUGGAGAGGGGAAAACAUAAUGAACUGCUGGAGAGGAAGGGGGUGUACUUCACUCUCGUCACCCUGCAGAGCCAGGGAGACAAGGCUUUGAAUGAGAAGGCCCGGAAAAUGGCUGAGGGUGGCGAGCCGGAGCCCGAGAGGUUAAAUCUAUCCAGAGCAGGCAGCUAUCGCGCCAGUUUAAGAGCUUCGAUCCGCCAGCGCUCCCGGUCCCAGCUUUCCAACCUGAUCCCGGACUCCUCGGUUCCCGUCGCUGGAGACCUCGGCCCCAGAGCCUACUCCAUGUCUCCGGAAGACAAAUAUAAGAAAUCCACGCCGGAGGAGGAGCAGGAGGAGCCGGUGGAACCUGCUCCAGUUGCCAGGAUUUUAAAGUACAACGCCCCAGAGUGGCCCUACAUGGUGUUUGGAUCUCUGGGGGCUGCGAUCAAUGGAGGCGUUAACCCAGUCUAUUCGCUGCUGUUCAGUCAAAUCCUGGCGACCUUCUCUGUGACAGACCCCGACGCUCAGAGGAGAGAGAUUAAUGGAAUCUGCGUGUUCUUCGCCAUGGUCGGCGUCGUCUCCUUCUUCACCCAGAUGCUGCAGGGUUACGCGUUUGCCAAGUCCGGAGAGCUGCUGACCAGCAGGCUGCGGCGAAUUGGGUUUCAGGCCAUGCUGGGCCAGGAAAUCGGUUGGUUUGACGAUCACAGGAACAGCCCCGGAGCCCUGACCACACGCCUGGCGACCGACGCCUCGCAAGUGCAAGGGGCCACAGGCUCCCAGAUCGGCAUGAUCGUCAACUCCCUGACCAACAUCGGCGUGGCCGUCAUCAUGUCCUUCUACUUCAGCUGGAAGCUCACGCUGCUCAUCCUCUGCUUCCUGCCCUUCAUCGCGCUCUCCGGUGGCUUCCAGGCCAAGAUGCUCACGGGUUUCGCCAAGCAGGACAAGCAGGCCAUGGAGUCAGCCGGGCAGAUUUCAGGCGAGGCCUUGAACAACAUCCGCACCAUCGCCGGCCUGGGGAAGGAGCGCAGCUUCGUGGAGAUGUACGAGGAGCACUUGACCGCGCCCUAUCAGGCAGCCUUGCAGAAGGCCAACGUCUACGGCGCCUGCUACGGCUUCGCGCAGUGCGUGGUCUUCUUGACAAACGCCGCGUCCUUCAGGUUCGGAGGCUACCUGGUGGAACAAGAGGGGCUCCAUUUCAGCUUGGUGUUCAGGGUGAUCUCCGCCAUCGUUACCAGCGGCACCGCUUUAGGCAGAGCCUCGUCUUACACUCCGGAUUACGCCAAGGCCAAGAUCUCGGCGGCGCGCUUCUUCCAGCUGCUGGACCGCGUGCCUCCAAUCAGCGUCUACAGCAACAGGGGAGAAAAAUGGGAUAACUUCCAGGGGAAUCUUGACUUCAUCGAGUGUAAGUUCACCUACCCCACCAGGCCCGACAUCCAGGUCCUGAACGGCCUGAACGUCUCGGUGAAGCCUGGUCAGACGUUAGCCUUCGUGGGCAGCAGCGGCUGCGGGAAGAGCACCAGCGUCCAGCUGCUGGAGAGGUUCUACGAUCCGGAUGACGGCAAAUUGCUGAUUGACGGCCAUGAGUCAACCCGCGUCAACGUGCCCUUCCUUCGUUCCAAGAUCGGCAUAGUUUCCCAAGAGCCCAUUCUGUUCGACUGCAGCAUUGCAGAAAACAUCAAGUACGGCGACAACUCGCGGGAAAUUGGCAUGAACGAAGUCAUCUCGGCCGCCAAGAAAGCCCAGCUUCAUGACUUUGUGAUGGCGCUCCCAGAGAAAUACGACACCAACGUGGGCUCCCAGGGUUCUCAGCUGUCUCGCGGUCAGAAACAGCGCAUCGCCAUCGCCAGGGCCAUCAUACGCGACCCCAAGAUCCUGCUGCUGGACGAGGCCACCUCGGCUCUGGACACGGAGAGCGAGAAGACCGUGCAGGAAGCCCUGGACAAAGCCAGAGAGGGACGGACGUGCAUCGUCAUCGCUCAUCGCCUGUCCACCAUUCAGAACUCGGACAUCAUCGCCGUCAUGUCCAGGGGCUUCGUGAUCGAGAAGGGGACACACGACCAGCUCAUGGCCCUGAACGGGGCCUACUACAAGCUGGUGACGACGGGGGCGCCGAUCAGUUAACUGGUCGCAGGCGCAGCAGGAAGUGCUCUCUUGGAGAUAAGGACUGAGCGUGCCCAGCUUGACGUCGAGCAAACAAAAAGGGGUGGAGAAGCCAAUUGUUGCGGUAUUUAUUGUGGAGUCUUGAGACGAAGAUGGAGAUUUCAGAGGAGGGAAAUCAAGAGAUGUUGUGAUUCAUUUGCAAUGGAAGAAUAUAUUUGUUGUUGUUUUUAUUCUUUGCAUUUCAGUGCGAGUCAAUGUAUCUUUUCAAGCCAUUUUUGUGUAAGAAUUUUAAUUAUUAUUUUUUUUAAACUUUGGUUCCGUAAACAUAACUUGACAGAUUUGUGAUGGAUGAUAAUGAAAGUUAUUAGAAAGUGAGAUUUUAAUUUUCUGUACAGCAAGUGCAAAAAAAGAAAGCAUGGACUCAUCAUGACUCAGAAUGGUUAAAAUCAAUGACAGAAAACCAGCCUACAUACAGUUUUAUUUUUCAUUUAUUAUGUAUUUGUUUGAUACUGAAUUAAAGCUUCGACCUGUCAUGAA